AUGGCAAGACUACUCAAGUCCCUGAUCCUUUCUGCCACUCUGGCGGCAUUGGCUUGCGCUGCACCCCUCAUGCAGGACGACUGCGCUGUCCUCGCAGCCCUUUCCGAGGACCAGAUUAGAGUCAAGCACGUCUCUGAUUGUUACAACUCCUUCAUAUACGAUCUCAAUAACGCAACGGAGACCUUGAAUACGCUUCAGACGCUAUACAACGAUUUCUGGAUCUUCAGGGACGCCGCCCUGACGCCGAAUCUUGCGCCACCAUUCACCAGCGCACCUGUAGAUGUUCUGGAUCAGCUGCACAGGAUUCGACAGGACUCACAUGCGAGCGAUUUUGCAUUCCAUAAAAAGCUGACCAUGUUGGCCAACUCGGUGAACGAUGCUCAUUUCUCCUAUGAACCGGACUGCUACAGUGCUUUCAAAUUCACCCAGCCGCUGUGGCUCUACGCGCCUGUGAUCGAUGGCCGCCAGGCCAUUCGCGUGUACAAAGACAAUUCUGGGAACGGUUACACCGAUUGUGAGGUCGUUCAAAUCAACGGUGAAGAUGCACAGCCGUAUAUCCAGGCGUAUACCGACAAGAACGCAGGUCUUUCCAAGGAUGCUGCUGUGCGGUUUAAUUAUGCACUCACUUCCCAAGAGUACAAGGAAAGCACUCAGAAAUGGAGUGAAAAAAUUGGAAUUUUCAGUUCGACAACUGCUCUUCCCGAUGCCGAUUAUAUCGACUACCGUAUCCAAUGCAAUGGCAAGGAAGCCGUGGAAUAUCGCGGCCAUUGGAGUGCUGCCAAGGGCUCUGGUGUCAACGAUUUUACAGACCAGGCCAGCUUCUACCAAAAUAUCUGCCUCGCUUCUAAACCCAAGCCAUUCGUUCCCGGUCGUUCAAGCACCCAGGAACCCACUACCGAGGUGAGGGAGGUCCACGCUCAAGAACGACUCAAGUUGCAGCAAGAAGUGUUCCAGCUGGGUCCCAUGAAUGAGCUGUCUAAUUCUGACAAAGACUUCCCCAACGCGACGUUCGUCGAUGGCGGAGUCACGGCCGUGUAUCAGCUCAAGUCCCAGCCCCAUGUAGGUGUCUUCGUUUUGCCGACGAUGGAACUCAAGUACAAGAUUGAGAUCCCAAAAAUCCAGAAAUGGUUGUCCAAUCUUGCCGGUUUGGGUGCCACCCAUUUGAUCAUCGACACCAGCAACAAUGAUGGUGGAAGUAUCGCCUUUGCCAACAUCCUCGUCAGCAUGUUCUUCCCAACGAAGAACAAGCGAACCAGUGCACACCUAGCCCGAUACCGUGUCAACGCAGCAGCUGAAGCCAUGGCAGACGUGGACAUUGCAAAUCCGACAGUCCAGACGUACUUCAAUCCCAGAGAGCUAGCGGACAAGACAUCAUUCCAGCCCUUCACGACUAACAUUUUCAAGAACCCAUUUAAUUCGACCGUCAACGGACGUUUGGCCUCAUACACAGACUUGCUCUACCUAGAUUUCGACCCACAAAUUGUGAACGAAAACAUAACCUACCCCUGGACUGGUGUUGCCUCCAAUAUCGUGAUCUUGACGGACGGUGGAUGUGGGUCUGCCUGCGGUAUGUUCUCGGAACUGAUGGUGCGCAGGCAUGGAGUCAAGGCCAUCGCGGUUGGAGGUUAUACCAAGAAGGACCUGUCCAUGUUUUCGUACGCAGGUGCGUCGGUCCUGAAGCUGUCGGAUCUUUUUGAUAGCUAUGAAAGCUCGGGCGUUGUCCCGUUGAUGAAGCCUUUGCCGUACGAGACCACUUGCCAGAUUCCGAUGAUCGAGAUGUAUAGUGAGGGGGAUACGACGCCGCUGGAGUAUAACCCUGCGAGAUAUAUCGCUGCACACCGUCUGGACUACACCUCCCAGACUGCCAGGCAUCGUGAUAAGCUCUGGGAGACUGUUGCGGAGACUGUCUGGCCCUAA